AUGCUCGUCGCCAUCAUCUCUACCUUUCUAUCGACUCUCGGCCAACAAACCAUUGGCCGCAUAUUUCCCAUCAAUCUCAAUCCUAUUUCGAAUUAUCUCUAUCGGCGAACAGUAAUAGGGGACUCGCGGAACGACUGGGCCUCAUCCUCCAUGCUACCUCCUCUAUCGACGAUUGAACGGACCAAGUUCGGCACCGGCCCAGGAGGAUGCGUUGUCUACGGCUACCCCUCUACUGGUGGAGUUCUCGUUAAAGAGGCUGACCUUCUCGAUAUGCUCUUCCUAUCGCUCUCCCGCUCUCAGGAGACGCAGCGCUCUCCUAGUAUCGACGAAGAAGAUAGAUUCUGUAAUCUCAUGCGACGGACUGGUGCUAAGUGGUGGUCGAGUAGGGAGGAUAGGCUGGAAGUGCGGUUAGGUGCGAGGGAGAUGACGGAGGAAGAAGAAAAGGUGCUAGUGUUCGGUUGGCCGACGGAUGGAGUGGGUGUGUGGGUGUUAAGAUAUGAGAGUGAUAGGCAACUUCCAAAAGAUUUUGGGAGAAUGAGUUUAGGGAUAAGUAUGGAAGAGAAGAUACAGAUGAUGAGAGAGUAUGGCGCUACGUGUGUUAAAGAUAUCACGCAGGUAGAGGAACUUCGUGAUAGCUAA